AUGGCCGCUACUAAUUUGAACUUCAACACUUACAUCACACAUCUGGGAGAAUCAGUAAAUAUGAACUACAGGGGAAUGCGAAUAACAGUGUACAAGAAUGGAGAUCAGUAUGAUACAGGAACAAUUGUGGUUGUUUCUCGCAAGAGAUUCAAACAUUGGCUCACUUUCUUAGAUUUUCUCACCAAGAAACUGAAUUUGAUGGCACCUGUGCAUGAACUCUACCGUAUUGAUGGAUUACACAUACAACACUUUGAUGAAAUUGAAAAUGGUGGAUCAUAUGUAGCAGUGUCACAGGGACCAUUUCUUUAUAAACCGUAUGGCUUGACACCAGAAGAACGUGAAAAAUGGAAUAUCAGCCCAAAAAUCGAUUCAGUAGAGCAAGGUACACUUGAUUCCGCAGAAUCUGUGGAUAUUUACUUGAAACAACGGGGCUAUACUUCUCGAACUGGUUUGCCCUUUCCGUUUGAUGGUGGCAUUUGUGCAGGUCAUUCUUUAAUGGACGUUAGACGAAGCAGUACUACUUCAGCUGGUCAAUACAGCACUGCACAGAAUUCGAAAGCUGAAAAUAACUUAAAUACUGGAGAAUCAGACGAAAAAGAAAGCAUUAAAUGGGAUAGGUUUCGAGACAAGCAGGCUAAAACAACGAUUACAAACGAAUUUGAUAAAAAUUCAAGUACUACUCUUACAUUAAACUCCACAUUCAAUGUUCCUCAGAGGGCCAACGUACAAACUGGAAACCAAAAGCUUUCAGGUGAAGUUGUAGAUUGUAAGGAUAUGCAUAGCAAUUAUCAUAAUUCGAAUAUUUCACAAAUAGAAUCUACUACAACCACUAAAAGUACAACAAGUGAAUCUAGUUCCGAACCUAAAAUGCAACAGACAGUUAGCGUAAGAAGAAAAGAUGAUUUAUCAGCGAGAGGAGCACCUGUAGUUCAUAUUCCCGAUAGCUCUCGAGAAUUCUCGAACUCACUAAAUGCGGAAAAAAUUGGUGCUUAUGGAGAAGUGCAGUCAACUAGCUUUAAUCAACCAAGUCCCGAAGCUCUCAUUACCAUAGGAAAUGAAGAAGCAUCGAUUAAAGCAAGCAACAGUUCAAUUAUCGUUGUGAAUAUUUCAACGCGACAAAAUAAACGCGAUGACCGCAGAUAUGAUGAAAGGAAAGAAUCUCAAACAACACCGCUUAUUUCUGCAUUUGAUGGAGGCACACUAGAAAACGCGAGAUCAAACAAAUCUGAUAUGAAUACACCUGCAAGUUAUCAAUCAAGCACUCUGCUGCCGACAAUUUCUAAUACAUCAGCUUUAGAACAAUUAGCAGAUAACUCUGCUCCAUCAGAUCAGCCAUCAACUCUAUCAUUGACUAAGUCUUUAGAAAAUAAUCACUGCAAUGAAAACAAUGUACAGAUACAGUCACAGGAACUAUCGAAUUCUGUGCCUGUAAAUAAUUCUCUUCAAGGUGAGGAAGCUUCGCUGCAACAAUUUGAAGAAAGUAAAGUAUCUGAACAGAAUAAAUUACAAUUAAAAUAUGAUGAUAGUUCAGCAAAAAAACCGAAUUCAGAAGAAGCUAACGUAGCAAAGUUACAAAUUUCAGAUGCUUCAGUAAAUGAAACGGAAAAUAAAGUCAAUGAAGGAAUUUGUCUUAAUUCAAACAUUUCGUAUCUGCAAAAAGCUGAUACGGAAAGCAGUGCAUACGAAGACUAUCAAACAAAGGCUGCUAACAAAAGUAACUUUGAGGAGGAAGUGAAUGUGCAGAUGUCACAAACGUCUUCGAAUUUAAGUAAGGAUUCACAACGAUUCAAAAAAGAUAAUUGUUCACGCGAUCGUAAACGUGUCACUUUGGUAACACCCAGUGAAGAGAAAAGAAAUGAUGUUGAUUGCGACACAUUGAAGUCGCACGAGGAAUCAAUGAAUACUAGAAAUUCACGAAAUUCUGAUAAAAAAAAUGACUACCGUCGACAGAAAAAGUUAGCUUAUGUUAGUGACAUGUCUAUUGAUACUGGUUAUAUCCUGCCAAAAAAUGAUGAUGACAGCAUUAUAAGCAGAAAAACAGAAAACUGGAAAUUCCAUGAGAAAUAUCAAAUUCAAGAUGAGACAGGCUACGAGGCAGAUUUCACUCCAAGGAUUCAGCUAUCUCAAAAUGAAACUGUCUAUGUAAAAUCAGAUGGACACAGAACUGACUUAGAUCUAGAGCUGCGAGUUACAAGGUUGUCGACACAAAAUAGUUAUGAUCCCGAUUUCAAAGAUUACGACUUUAUCUAG